GUCUUUUGCUCCUUUUCACGCCAUAAAAAACCCCUCGACUCGACGCCAUUGGCCUCGUCCGUACGUUUCCUCGAGCACACAAAUCUUGAUUCCCCAUGGUUCAUUCCACUUAGCCGCCGGCACAAUUGUCGCCGGAAUCUGACCUUCUGACCGCUGGAGAAGAAUCGCCCUUGCGUCUGCUUUCUUGAGGAUUUCCAGCGAUCCAGUCCGAGGCGGCGGAGAUUGCGGAGAUGGGGAAGAAGCGGAAGUCGGUGUCCACCAGCCUCGACGAGGUCGAUCGAGCCAUGUACUCCACGUUUUGCAGCGCCGCGAACUCCCUCUCGCAGCUUUACACCCACGCCAUGAACCAGCAAAAGCUCACCUUUCAAGCUGGUGAACGCCACGGCCUGGAUAAACUUUACCACUGGAUUUUGAGGCAACAAGAGGGAGGAACAAGAAUAAAUACUGUGGAGAUACUCAGCUACCUGCAGACUGAACUUGAUUGUUGUGGAGAGGAUAUAUCAUUGUCACCCAGAGGACCACCCCAGAAUCAUAAUUCCCAGUCACAGCCUGCAAUACACUCAACAAGCUCAGGCUUCAUGGCCCCCUUGGGCUCAUCCGUCGCACCAAAUACCGUGCAGGGCUUUCGCAUGGAUCACUGCGAUCAGCAACCUAAGAACUAUGUCUUUUCUAACGCUCUGUCAAGCCCUGUCCGUAGGAGCCUUCAGAACUAUCAUAUAGCACAAGGAGGCUACCAUGGUAACAGUGGAAUUCAGGCUUUUGCAAAUGGAUUCAGGAACAAUGAACCCAACUUCACGCACCACCAGAACCGGGAUUCUAAUACUGGCAACUCUAACGAUUCCUCCAUGGACAUGCAUGCUGAUAGUCCCAGUCAUGAGUCUACAUACUGAAAAUUCUUUAUUAGUCGUGUCACGCAACUCACAAGCUUGCUCUCUGCGUGCUGGUCAGAAGCGUUAGCUUUUAGGGCAUUUGCUAGAAAAAAGAAGCAGAUAAUGGGAAUGGUUGCUUUGGUUGGCAAGUUUGUCAAGAAAAAUAGGUAACAUGUUUGUGGCUGCUUGCCUAGCUGCUGCAAUAUAAUUAGGAGCAAACCUAUCGAAUACACCGAUGUUCUAUCAUCAUUCUAUUGGUGUUUGGUCUUCUAUGUUGCAUGUAGUGUUAUUUUUCUUGUAGAUUUGAAUUGCUACUGUUUAUUGCAUCUUUCUUAAAAUUGAUAUUAUCUGA